AAACAUCCGCUCCUAGCGCAUAAUAUUCGCAUGUAUUUACGUAACAAUGCGCGGCGAUCGUUGUAUAAAAUAGGCUUCCAUGGGAAGAUGUCUUUAGUACAAACGAACGAAGCAUCUGAAGUAAAUUCAUUAUGAGAUACUAUUUGUUUCUAUUGAUAGUCGCUAUUUGCGAGGCGAGCAUAAUAACAAGAGAUGUGGAUUACACGAAUCUUCAGGCAGUUUAUCACGGCCAUGGCGCUACCAGUUAUCAAAACGUGCAGAUUGAUAAUCAUGAUAAUAUACUAGUACCCGCGAACUACAGAGACCAAGCGGAGAUUGUGGAUUUGGAGCAUCAUGCAUAUUAUCAACCAAUUAUUCAAAUCGUGGAGUCUCAGAACGACAUAGAUGACAUCCACGAUAUAUCCCAUUCACACACAGCUCCAUACGAAGAAUUUACUAUCGCUGAUAUCAAGUCGGAUGUAUUUGAACAUUAUUUUAAUCAUGAUGACGAGAAACAUGAUUAUAAUCUCCCCAUCUACGAAAAUAAUUAAGAAAAUAUGUGUUUAAAGAAUAUAUUAAGAUACUAUUUUUUCGAAGUAAUUAAUUUUGAUUAGAAUUAAUUUUAGACAAUAUCUCUCAGGUAUGUAACUGGUUCAUUCUAUUGCUUAUAUAAUAAUAGUGAAAUAAAAUAAAUUAUGCGUGUUUUGUGUAAAGCAUUUUUUGACACUUGUUGUGGUAU